AUGGCGGUCCUCUGGCCCUGCGGCAGAGGCCGACCUCGAAGAGGCAGGCGACGCAUCACUUGGGCCGUGGCACUGGUGGCGUUGAUCCUGUUGCAGGUGAGCCAGAGCUUCUUGCUGCCGAGACGGCUGCGGCCAAACCGGCUACGGGAACGACAGGCGCAGGAACCGGAUCAACGGCCAUCCUCCCGGUCACUGGCCUUUCUGGCUGUCAAGGAUGCGAUUUAUGCUGCUCUCUUUGGAGCUCCAUAUGACACGACAUCCACAAGUGGUGCCAUUGAAACAGUAACGGGUGCGCUUUCCAACUUCUCAUCUUCUGCGGUCACUGGUGCUGCACAUGGAGUCAAGGCUGCCGAAGGGUUCGCGGGCUCCGUGGCCACCUGGGGACUUUCCAAAGUUCAGGAGCUGAAGUCAUUCUUUCAUUUAUCUGAGAUGGAUUUAUCUGGAGAUGGAGGAUCUGAAGCUAAUGAGGCGUCUGAGGCCGAGGUCGAGACCCCACAGGUUGUGAAGCAACAGCAAGAGCUGACGCCAGAGCCAAAAGCUCCGGCACCCCUGGUGGAGUCGGCCCAGUCCUUUGCGCCUUUAUUCAAUGAUGGAAGUGGAUUGGGAGCGGAACCCGGAGAUUUUUUUUCUGUUUAUCAAGGACUACAGCUGGACCCUGCGCUACAGAGUCAGUCAGAAGGAAGACACUGUCGACACCGAGAGGCCCUUGCUGCUGGACUGGAUCAAGCUUCGGCGCCCGGUCCAACAGCCCGCAGAUCUCCUGGAGAUCCCCAGCUCGGACCUCUUUGA